AUGUCUUCUAGCUCCGGUUCCCGGGAUUCUUUCUCCGAUCACCGUCAGUCUCGUACUACCGAGGACUCCGCUGUCCAAUCUGUCGACUGCUUUCUGAACGAGUCGCCUGAUAGUCGUCGGGGUCGUAGAUCUAGAUCUUCCAGUACGUCGGCGUCGUCUGUUGUGAGGAGUUUGGCAGAUGCUGCGGAGUUGCAACAUCGCGAGCUCUUAUGUCGAACAGGGGCUGUCGGGCCGAGCGCCACUACCAGACCUGUUACGACUAUGUAUCUUCGUGAUGAGGAUAGCAACGCGGCGUUUUCGGACGAAGACGACGUCCCAUUAAUCAGACGAAAGACUGCUUUGGCUAGAGCGGGUCCAUCUGGCGGUGCGGCGUCUAUGAUUCCAGGUCGCCUGGAUGACGUUCCCGUUCAACCAAGGGGUCCGGCGCCUGGUGUCGCGGAUUAUCUUCGCCCGUCGUCUUCGACGGAGGAAUCGAUCGAGCUUUCGCUUAGCUUCUGUGACGCCCCGGCUAAUCUCGUCACGAUGGUUCCAAGUGCUUCGGAUCGACCUUGGACGGCUCCACCGGGUUAUCUCUGCGUUUACGAGAAGCAUAUCACCGAUUGUGGGCUGACCUUCCCGAUCCCCGCCUUCCUCUUACAGUACGCUUCGCGGCGACAGAUGGCUUUUGCGCAACUAUCCCCUGCUGCAAUUCGAAACGCCUACGGUCUGAUCCGUUCUAGCGGAGAGUCUUCGCUGACCCCAAAGUUGGUCGUCGGUGCGAAGAGCAAGACCAACGAUUGGCUUCGUUGGUAUUUCUUUGUUAAAGUUAACAAUGAGUCCGCCGGGGACGUAGUGGUUACGAACUACCAUGGGUGGACUGUUUCACCCGUUCGUUGUCCCAAGAUUUUCGAUCCGUACCCUGAGAAGCUUCGCGACGACGUUAAGAAGAUUCUAGCUGUGUGCCCGUAUACUUGGCCUGGAGAAGAAGAUCAUGUUCGUCGCCCUUCUUCAAAACCAAAAGGAAAGAGCCGAAGGGGAGGUUCUUCGAAAACAAGGAAGACUAACAAGAAUCCAGCAUCUUUAAAGAUUAUGGGGAAGCUGAAUGUUGACGCGGUGGGUGACUACUCAUCAAGAUACAAGAAGAAGUCUGCUACGACGCCGGCGAAGACGUCUCGAGAAGAGGAUGAGGCUAUGGCCUUGGGGAAGCGUCUCUCUUUAGCGGAAUACGAGGCUAAGGAGAGGGAACGAAGACCUUCAGGUCGUCAGGAUAGGAGAGAAGAAGGUGACCGUCGUGAUCGACGCGAUCAUGGUGUUGGCGGGGCCGAUCGUUCGGACGUAAGAUCCGACGUAGAGAGGGAGAGAAGGGAGAAGGAGGUGGCUGAGGCGCGGUCGGCUAAACUACCUGUUGUCGAGACUUCUCAUGACGCGUCCUUAGGUGGCAGGGAGGUCAUUCUGUAUGACAACUCUCAGGUCGAGCCGACCAGAAAGCGGGCUGCGGAUGAGUCCGAGACGGUGCGUUCGGACCCGACCAAGAAACAAAGGACGGCCUGGGCCCCUGACUAUAGGUGGCGAUAUGAUUAUGACGAGCGCAACGUUCAUAUCUCGACUGAUUCCACAUCCUGUGCGGAGCUGUUCCGCAAGAUUCACGUCGGUCCGUCUCCUUUCUUCGAGCUCCAAGAUAUGUGGGAGAGAACGGCGUUCACUGACGCUGCAAAGAAGUCCGUUGCGGCCGUUACCGCAAUUGACAGGAUGGCGUAUAUGUACGAGCGUCGCCUCCGCGUUGUUUCUGAACAGAACACGGCCUCGAAGGAUCACCAGAGAGCCUUGGCGGCCGAGACGAAGAGAGCUGACCAGGCGUCGAGAGGUCUGGAAAGUGCUAACUCCGAGGUGCAGCUUCUUCGCGAGGAGGUCGCCAAACUGAAGGAAGAACGGGAUAAUGCUCUUUCAGAACGGGAGCGUUGUCUUGAGGAGUUGUCAAAGUCCCGAGUUGACUUUAAGCACUUGGCCGAGCAAUCACAAGCCGAGGAGGCAAGGCUUCGGGAGCGGCGCACCGAAUACGAGCAUAUUCAGAGGUAUUUCACCACUAGGGACGCGGCGUAUCCCAAGUUCCUCGAUUAUAAUCAGGCGGUCGGGAUCGUUGACCUGCUGAAGGCGCUGGCUGAAACUGGGGAGGUCGUUUUGAACUCCAAGGACGUGAUCGAGAGGCUUGAAGCUGAUGCGGAAGAGCUUAAGAAGGAGGUCAAUGCGUUCGACAUUGCCGAGCUAGAGGAAGGCUGGAAUGACGUCGGAAAUCUCUUCAAGGGAUCUCUCGUCGUUGAGGAGUUUGCGCCUUCGGUUGAAGGUGUUAACGAUGAAGUUGCUGGUGAUGUCGAGGCCGUCGACCAAGUCAUUGGUGAUGGUGACACCCACGUCGGGGAUCGUCCUCUGGACGAGCCUGCGUCUUGA